UGAAUUUACUCAUUUCUAUUCAUUUGGUAUUAAACCGUCAGUCAGAGCAGACACCUGCAGAAAAAAUAUUUAUACAGGUUGUGUAUUACCAUUCUUAUAUCGUAUUGUAUUUCUGCGAUUAGGAAGAGAUGAAUCUUAGAACAUUAAUGGCAGUCGGCCUUUUGCUAACGGCACAUCGAUGUAAAUCGUGGGACACAGUGAUGUCUAAUGAUAUGUACAUUUCAACGAGAAAUAGUAGCAAUGCUUGGCGAAAAGGCGUCAUGGAUUAUUACCACGGAUGUCAAGAUGUGUUAGAGUUUUUUCCUGAAGCAACAUUUGAAUAUGGUAGAACUCUAAAGACAUCGGUGAAAACGCAUGUAGACUAUUUGGGUGUUCUAACAACAUACAACUCAACAAUCAUCUCAGAAGGAUCGAAAAAUUCAUUGAAAGCGAUAAGCAUGCUGGCAAAAUUUGGCAAAUCGAGAGAGCAUUUACUGAUGGAAUUUCGUUUGGUUGCGCCAAGACUGUCAUCAGCUUAUCGAGAUAUUAUUUGGACACUAUCACCGUUCAUCGGUGAACUGGUUGGACCUAUUAACGAAGCCAUAUCACAAUUGGAAGACUCGAUUAUUCAAGUUUUGUUUGAAUAUGAAAAUCGGUUUGAAGAGCGAAAACAGGAACGUUGUGAAAAAAUUGCUAUUGAAGAAAUGAUGAAAAAGGUUCAGAUAUUGCUAAACAGAAUAACUCUCGUUGCUGAGACUGCUUUAGACGAUUUAGACAUCUGUGAUGAUGUCCUUGACUCAUUAAAAAUCGCAGUUCUCAUUUCAAAUCAUUACUUAAUAGCAGUGCAAGGGACUGGCAGCAGUAUUGCAUCUGAGCUAAUAUCUGAGUCUGAAAACAUUCCGCCAUCGCAUGCCACAUGUUUUCAAGCAAUGGAUCCUUUGCUGAAGGUUGUCGCCAGUUCUAUUUCUUCCAUGACAAGCGACAAUAAGCAGUUCACAAGAGAAUGGUUGGCAAUACUCGUUGAAGAGACGAAAAAAUUUAAUGAGGCUGUUGAUAGGGUAUUAGGACCAUUUAAAGAUCGUGGAUUCACAGUUGCACAAAUCAAGCAGAAUUUUGCAAAUUCACUACGAAAAAGAUGGGAAUUUUGACGAAUUUACGAUAAGCGGUUCAAAGAUAUUAAAAUAUACGAUUUGUUUAUAAAAUUUUCUGACAAACCAUUUUCAUCCGAAACCGUCACGAAGGUAUUGAGGAAUUUCGCGCCCGCGUCAUUCACAAUGACAAACAAAGUGAGAUUUCCCUUAUACAAAAUAUGUCAUUGUGAAUCAUGCCGGCGCGAGAUUCCUAGCAAAAGUCACGCACGACUAGAUUUAUUAGUAUUUUAUAUGACUAGGGAUGAAAAGAUGAAAAGUAGAGUUUUCGUGUGAAUUUUGUUGAUUCGAGGCGUAGCCAAAGUCAAUAAACACACUGAAACGAGACUUUUCAUUUUCAUCCCGAGUUAUGUAAUGUAUUUUACAU